UUUUUAAAAUCAUUACGCCGUCGGCCGUCGUCAAAGUCGGACGUCAUGGCGUGUAAAGCUAUAGUGAGUCUUCUAGCAUGGGUUUUGUUGUGUGAUGCUCAGGCCAGAGCGCAGAAAUAUACAGUUCCUCCUGCCAAAUUAGAAGCAAUCUAUCCGCAAGGUCUCAGAGUUUCAAUACCAGACGAUGGUUUCUCUCUCUUUGCUUUCCACGGCAAUCUAAAUCAAGAAAUGGAAGGCUUGGAGGCUGGACAAUGGUCAAGAGACAUCACCAAAGCAAAGAAUAAUAGGUGGACGUUUAGAGAUAGGAAUGCUAAAUUGAAGCUUGGAGACACAAUUUAUUUUUGGACGUAUGUCAUCAAAGAUGGAUUAGGUUAUAGGCAAGAUAAUGGAGAAUGGACCGUCACUGAGUUUGUGAAUGAAGAUGGAACCCCAGUUGAUGGACAAGCGACUUUAUCACCAAACUUCUCACCAAUGGUAUCAACAGCUGGCACAACCGCUCCAACCGUCCCAACGAGAGUGACAACAGCCGCACCGCCCUGCCAAGGUUCUCCAACCGCCGUGCUUGGUCGCACUAAUAUUUGUAAAGGUGCAUUACUAUUCAAUGAAGAAUUUGAAAAGAAUAAUAUCAAAGAUUUGGUUAAUUGGGAUCCGGAAAUUAAAUUUCCUCAAGAGCCGGACUAUCCAUUCAACUUGUACAUGGUAGAUGGUACUCUUAGCGUAGAAAACGGAAUUUUGUCUGUUACUCCAGUACUUCUUGAAUCAAAAUACCACGAGGGCUUUGUUAAUGAACACCUGGAUCUAUCUAACACAUGCACUGGUCAGAUUGGCACGAGGGAGUGUAAACAAGUCGCCUCAGGAGCACAGAUCUUGCCACCAGUGAUCACAGGGAAAAUCACCACGAAGAACAAGUUCAACUUUAAGUUCGGCAGAGUGGAGAUUCGUGCAAAACUACCCAGUGGAAACUGGUUGACACCAGAGAUAACAUUAGAACCCCGUGACAAAGUCUAUGGCGAUAAACGGUACGAAUCCGGUCUGAUCAGAGUCGCCUUCACCAAAGGGAACGCAGUCUUCGCGAAGAAGUUAUACGGCGGGCCGGUGCUGUCCGACUCUGAGCCGUACCGCUCCUUCCUCAUGAAGGAGAAGAUAGGAAUUGAUAGUUGGUACAAGGACUUCCACAACUACAGCAUUGUGUGGAAACCGGAUGGCAUGCAGCUGUUUGUUGAUGGAGAACAAUAUGGUACCGUCGACCCUGGCGAAGGCUUCUUCAAUACGGCGAGACAAAACGCGGUGCCUCACGCCAUGCAUUGGGUUAAAGGUUCAGUUAUGGCCCCACUAGACGAAAUGUUUUACGUCGCUCUCGGACUCCGAGUGGGUGGUAUUCACGACUUCACUGACGGUCCAGACAAGCCUUGGAAGAAUAAGAACAACAAGGCAACUGUCAACUUCUAUAAUGCUCAAGACAAUUGGUUCCCGACUUGGUACGAUGCCAACCUGAAAAUAGACUAUGUUAAGGUUUAUGCUUUUUAUCACUUAGUGUAUCAAUCACCGGGCUUCAGGUUAGACGUGAUGGCGGUUACUUAUGUUCUCUUAGCGCUAGUCUCACUUUUUUAUUGUGAUACCGGGUUUUAUUUGAGAGAUUAUGUAGUUCCAGAAAUAAAGCUGGAAGCAUUAUAUCCAAAAGGAUUGAGGGUCUCUAUUCCAGACGACGGCUACACACAGUUCUCUUUCCAUGGUAACCUGAAUGUGAAGAUGAGAGGUAUCGAUGUGGGAAGGCAUUGGGAAAGAGAAUACACCGAUUUUAAAAAUGGCAGUUGGACGUUUAGUGAUUUGAAUACAGUAUUGAAACUGGGUGACAAAAUCUACUACUGGGCUUUUGUUAAAAAAGACAAUAUCCGAUAUGUACAAGGCAAUAGAGAAUGGACUGUUACCGAGUUUGUAAGAGAUCAGCUCAGCGUGGAUUCGCGUAAGUUUACAACGCCUUCUGCGACAACGGAACUUGUUGUGCCAUCGUCAGUGAUAACAGCGCCAUCUACAACAUGCCUCCAGUCGCAGACGACUGUGUUAGGACGCACUCGUAUCUGUAAAGGCGAUCUACUGUUCAGCGAAGAAUUUGGUGAUACCGAUGUAAAGAAGUUAUCUAAUUGGAUGCCUGAAGUCAUGUUUCCCCAAGGACCGGAUUAUCCUUUCAACGUAUAUUUAGAAGAUGGACCCCUGCGUCUUGAAAAUGGCUUAUUGAUAAUAUCUCCGGUGCUGCUCGAGUCAAAGUACCACGAAGGUAUCCUGAAUGAGGCUUUGGAUCUAAGUAACAGUUGCACAGGCAUGGUCGGUACCUGGGAAUGUUCUAGAACAGCUUCUGGAGCGCAGAUCUUACCACCAGUAGCAACUGGAAAAAUAACUAGCAAAAAUUCAUUUAAUUUCAAAUUCGGUAGAGUUGAAAUUCGAGCUAAACUUCCUGGAGGGGACUGGCUGAUGCCGGAAAUUAACCUUGAACCUCGAGAUUAUGUCUAUGGUAACACCAACUACGGCUCCGGACUCAUUAGAAUAGCCUUCGCCAAGGGGAACUCAGUUUAUGCCAAGAAAUUGUACGGUGGACCGAUUAUGUAUAAUUUGGAGCCUUACAGAUCGUUCCAUCUGAAGAAGAAAAAUGGAAAAAAUAAUUGGAGCAACGAUUUUCAUAAUUAUAGUCUAGUAUGGAAGCCAGAUGGUAUGGAGCUUUACGUGGAUGGUGACUUAUAUGGAACUAUUGAUCCCGGACAAGGGUUUCAUGCCAGUGCAACUCAGAAUGGGGUAGCGCACGCUGGACACUGGACUCAGGGAACGGUCAUGGCGCCUCUAGAUACAAUGUUUUACGUAAGCCUUGGUAUUCGAGUUGGUGGAAUCAAUGACUUCGACGAUGUAUACUUCAAGCCGUGGAAAAACAGGGCUCGCAAAGCCGUAUUAAAUUUCUGGUCGGCAAAGGAUUAUUGGUUGGAGACAUGGUCUGACGCCGACAUGAAGAUCGAUUACGUUCGAGUAUACGCACUCUGAUAAUAAUAACAUAAUUGGGCCUGAUUUAAAGUGUUAUAUAAACCAAAAAAAUA